UUAGUGUAAAAAAAAAAGAGCAAAAUUAGAGUGAGUGAGUAAGUUGACUACUUAGCUCCAUUUCAAAGCAAAGUGCGUGUGUUUUGGAUUUUGCAAAUAUAUUCCAAAUUAAAGCCGCCCAAGUAAGAAGUCUCAACUAUCUACUAUCUUCUUUAAACCAAUAAAACAUCUCUUGAGAUCAAAGUCUCAACUACUACAAAGCAAGAAGAAAAGCCCCUCCUUGUAAGCUUGUCUACAUUGAUUAAGCUACAAGCGAACCUCUUGUUCAUCUUCUUUCUUUCAUCUCCAUGGAAAAACGCCGAAAGGGGUUGUUGCCAGUACUCUGUGUUGUCUUCUCCCUCGGCCUAUGCUCCGCCGCUUCAUGCGUAGCCGCCGAACUAAAGAGAGCCAAGAUAAAGGACCUCAAGUUGGACGGAAAGCAAUGUUAUUUGCCAGAGACUCAUUCAUUUCGGUUGGGAAUUGUUGCUUUAAUUUGUCUAUGCGUCGCUCAAAUCGUCGGCAAUCUUGUGGUGGUGCUUCUUUGCUUCUUGUUCCAAGCCAAAACUCCCCUGGUUUCAACUUUUCUUCUGAUUAUUUCUUGGAUAAGCUUUGGAAUUGGUGUGACAUUGUUGGGUAGCGCCACCAGUAUGAGUGGGCGGCAGCCAUACGGAAAAGGCUGGUUGGAGGGUGAGUGUUACCUUGUCAAAGAUGGUGUCUUUACUGGAUCUGCAAUCCUGGUGCUGCUCACACUAGCCUCCACGCUUGCCUCGGCCAUCACUACUACUACUACUAUUUCCCAAGUUGACCGACAACACCAAUUAGAUCCAAAGUCUUAGAGUAAAUAGAGAAUGUGGGCAUAGCAGGAAAUUCCAUUUUUAUUACAUAUUUGUUAUAAUAGAUGAGUCUGUACUGUUGGAAUAAUAAUUGGGUAUCAGAGUGAAAACCCAGAGAAUCAACUCAACUCAACUCAACUUGAGUCAGGCUGAGGCGGCUUGGCCUAUAAAGGCCAAAGCUUCAACUUCAAUUUUAAAACUUGGGUGGCGAAUAAAGGAAGUUUCCCCCAAUGGAAGCUAAGUUGUACACUUCUACUUUACAAUUCUUUCUUCUUCUUUUUUUAAAUAUUAUUAUCUGACACAUUGUCAUGGAA